AUGGUGGUUGAAGAAAGUGAGCUCCUUCGUGAGGCUCAUGCUUUGAAUCAGAUUUCCGAUACACGCCGUGGCAACGUUGGCUUGUGUUUCUUUCCCAGACGAAGGAAUAGCAGGUUGUACGGGGCUGCAAAUUGUGUAACCAGCUGUUGGGUGACAAAGAAAACUGUUGGGUCUCGCCAAGGCCGAAUGGCUCCACCCACCCAGCUCGCAGAUUUUAGAAACGAGAGUGUUCCAUAUUCGAUGAUGACAGAGACAACUCAUUCCUGUCUGGUGAGUGCCGUUAUUUCAUCUAUGUCUUCAACGCAGAAAGCACUCGCCGUUGAGAAGAAAUUCGGCGACUUCGUUCUUCGUGACGUCGAGAAGUACAAACCUGGCGCUGGCGAGAUCCUCAUCAAGAUCAAGGCUGUAGCUCUCAACCCGGCCGACUGGAAGAUUCAAAAGUACGGGAUCAUCGUCGAAGAAUUCCCCGUCAUCCUUGGAUUUGACGUCGCGGGUGAUGUUGAAGAGGUCGGCGAGGGCGUAACCGAGUUUGCCAAAGGGGAUCGAGUAUUCUGUCAAAGAGAGCUAGGAGGCACGAAAGGCGGUUUCCAGCAGUUCGUGCUGUCGCCAGCUGCAACAACUGCGAAGAUCCCACCUAGUAUCUCAUAUGACGAGGCAGCAUCAAUCCCAGUCGCUCUAUCUACUGCCUACAUUGGACUCUACAACCAGCACCCACAUGGUGCAGGACUAUCAGCUCCACUUUCCCCAGCCGAAGAGGGGAAAUAUGCAGGCGAGCCACUCAUUGUGCUGGGCGGUGGGAGUUCCGUCGGACAACUCGCUAUUCAACUCGCCAAACUAUCGGGGUUUUCGCCUAUCGUUACCACGGCGUCUCUCAAGCACACUGAUUUCCUCAAGUCCCUUGGUGCGACGCACGUUUUCAAUCGCAACCUCCCCUUCAAUGCGCUUAAGGCUAGAGUUGAAGCCGCUACAUCGGGAAAGCCGAUCAAGAUCGUCUACGACGCCAUCUCCAUCGAGGCGACACAAGAAGCAGGGAUCUCUCUGCUUACACCUGGAGGACAACUGAUUCUCGUGCUCUUCCCCAAGGUCAAGGCACAGGAUAAGAAGACCGUGUUUACUGUCGCUUCGGCACUUCGGCUACCUUCCAAUGUCAAGAUCCUCGAAACACUGUAUCGCGAGAAGGUAGCUGGAUUCUUAGAAAGAGGAGUGAUCAAGCCCAACCGAGUCGAAGUUCUUUCUCAAGGUCUCGCUGGAAUACCUGAUGGUUUGAAGACGAUGGAGGCGGACCAGGUAUCGGGGAUGAAGCUCGUUGCUCGUCCUCAAGAGACGAAUUAA